GUGGAUUGCAACGAUGAUACUCAGUUGGUUCCUUUUGAUUUUGGGAUUGGCGAUUGUUCAGAGCCAGCAACCUCCAAACAGCGCCGUAAUUAUAUCAUCCGAGAACGAAAAUAAUUACGAUGGUACUUAUAAGUACAGAUACCAGACAAGUAAUGGGAUCACAGUUGAAGAGGAAGGCUCCUUGAAGAAUCCAGGAACCGAAGGAGAAGCGCAGACUGCCAGAGGAAGCUACUCUUACACAGCUCCUGAUGGCCAGGUCAUCACCGUCAACUGGUACGCGGACGAGACCGGCUUCCACGCCGAAAGAACAAACAUCCAAGCUCCCGGAUCGAAACCUCUUAUAGUCUCAAAACCUGCUUCUCUUGCAGCUCCUGAGUUUUUUAGGGGAUGAAAUAUAUUUUCUAUGUAAUAAAAUAAAAAUACACAAGAUAUAUUCACGUAAG